GCCGGGGGUCGGCCUCCCUCCGGAGCCCGCAGCGGGCCCCUUCUCAGUUAGUGCCCUCCGGCGGGAGAGCAGCCGUUGGGAGAGGGGGGGUGUCAUGACGCUCACCUGCCCGGGUUGGCCCACGGGCCGCCUCGGGCGGAGGGGGAAGCGGUCUCUACAAGAAAGGAAAAAUGAUGGGAAAGGGGCACAGGACUCCCCAGCUCGGCCUGCGGUCGCGCCCCUGGUCUCCGAGCGGGAGGGUGGUCACUGAAGGGGGUGCUCCUGUCACUCACGGGGCUGGGGCUCCUUCCCUCCCUCAUCCAGGAGGAACAAGGAUGAAUAUGACUCAAGCCCGGGUUCUGGUGGCUGCAGUGGUGGGGCUGGUGGUUGUCCUCCUGUAUGCCUCCAUUCACAAGAUCGAAGAAGGACACCUGGCUGUGUACUACAGGGGAGGAGCUUUACUAACUAGCCCCAGUGGACCAGGCUAUCAUAUCAUGUUGCCUUUCAUUACUACGUUCAGAUCUGUGCAGACAACACUACAAACUGAUGAAGUUAAAAAUGUGCCUUGUGGAACAAGUGGUGGGGUCAUGAUCUAUAUUGACCGAAUAGAAGUGGUUAAUAUGUUGGCUCCUUAUGCAGUGUUUGAUAUCGUGAGGAACUAUACUGCGGAUUAUGACAAGACCUUAAUCUUUAAUAAAAUCCACCAUGAGCUGAACCAGUUUUGCAGUGCUCACACACUUCAAGAAGUUUAUAUUGAAUUGUUUGAUCAAAUAGAUGAAAACCUGAAGCAAGCUCUGCAGAAAGAUUUAAACGUCAUGGCCCCAGGUCUCACUAUACAGGCUGUGCGUGUUACAAAACCCAAAAUCCCAGAAGCCAUACGAAGAAAUUUUGAGUUAAUGGAGGCUGAGAAGACAAAACUACUUAUUGCUGCACAGAAACAAAAGGUUGUGGAGAAAGAAGCUGAGACAGAGAGGAAAAAAGCUGUUAUAGAAGCAGAGAAGAUUGCACAAGUGGCAAAAAUUCGAUUUCAGCAGAAGGUGAUGGAGAAAGAAACUGAAAAGCGCAUUUCUGAAAUUGAAGAUGCUGCGUUCUUGGCCCGAGAGAAGGCGAAAGCAGAUGCUGAGUUCUAUGCUGCACACAAAUAUGCCACUUCAAACAAGGGGGAGAAAGUGCUGUAGGAGAGCUGCACAGCGUGACAGUUAUUUCCAGAAAGAUCAACCUUUUGGAAGUGGAUCUACAAGUGUGUAAAACUGAUCUGUCAGGCUGCGGCGACCCAAGAAGUUGUUCAAAUUAGGAGUCAUCAACUUCCGCUCACCUCUGCUGUGAGCCAUCAUUGUUGGGUACCUGGUGCUGCCACUCUGAGUAACAGGUGCUGCCACUGCAGCUGGAUUAGUGGACUGUGGACUCAGACAGACCUAGGUUUAAAUCUUGGUUCCUGUAUUAGUUUCCUAGGGCUGCUGUGACAAAGUACCACAAAUUGGGUGGCUUAUAACAACACAAAUUUGUUCUCUGUCAGUUCUGGAGGAUGGAAGUCUGCAAUCAAGUUGUUGGCCGGGAAAUGCUCCCUCCAAAAGCUCUGGGGAAGAAUCCUCCUUGCUGCUUCUAGCUUCUGGUGGUUCCUGGCAAUCCUUGUGUUCCUUGGCUUGUAGAUGCAUCACUCCAGGGUCUGUCUCUGUCUUUACAUGGUAUUCCCUGUGUGUGUCUCUGUCUUUACCUGGCCUUCUUAUAAGGACACUAGUUGUUCAAUUUAGAGGAUGUGUGGCCUGCAAUAGAAGUUUAGCAAAAGGGAUAAUCCCGUAUGACCUCAUCUUAACUAAUUACAUCUGCAGAGACUCUAAUUCCAAAUAAAGUCACAUUGUGAGGCUCCGGGUGGAUGUGAAUUUUGGGGAGACACUAUUCAACUAUUCAGCCCUUUGCUAGUUACUGAACCUCUCUAAUUCUUCAUUCCUCAUCUUUAAGAAGGGAGUGAUAGUAUCUACUUCAUACAGCUUUUGAGAAUUAAAUGGGAUGUAGCAUGUAGAGACCUUAGCCCAGGGCCUGGCUCCAUAAAUGCUAGCUAUUUUUAUUAUGAAGCAUUUUCCAAGAACUUAAAGGAGACAGCCCCUGAAACCAGCCCCUGGAUCACAUUUGGUCUAAAUAGCCUCUGAUAGCAGCUGGGAGAGUGUGAGCCUGUGGCCUUUGCAGCCUCUUAUUACCAAGAGGAAACCAUUUUCACGAGAAGGGAAAUGGUGUAUAGUUCCAGAGAUUCUGGAUAAGGGUUAAACCAACCCUAAACCAGUUGCUAUUGAGUCAUGUCUGACUCAUGGCAAUGCCAUGUAUGUCAGAGUAGAACUGUGUGAGUUAAGUUGUGGCCAGACAUACCACCAGAAAACCUAAACCCACUGCCAUCGAGUUGAUUCUGACUCAGUGACCCUACAGGACAGGGUAGAACUGCCUGUAGGGUUUCCAAGUCUGUAAAUCUUUACGGAAGCAGACUGCCACGUCUCUCUCCUAUGGAGCAGCUGGUAGGUUUGAACCACCAACCUUUGGGCUAGCACCCACUGUGCUAUCCAGGCUCCUCAGAUAAGUACAGGGACUAUUAAUGCCAUCAACACACAACAGAGAUUUUCUACAGAGGUGGGAAAAACAUUUCUACAGUCCACCAACAGUCAAGCAUGGAGCACGGUGCUAACGGGCUCCACUAGAGAAUUCCUCCCUGUCUUAGGCUGGGUUCUCUAGAGAAGCAAAACCAGUAAAGCACAUAAAUAUAUAUAGAGAGAGAUUUAUAUCAAGGAAAUGGUUCAUGCAGUUCUAGAGGCUGGAACGUCCAAACUCCGUGGAUUAGGAUAGAGACUGCUCUCGAUUCACACAGCUGCAGGGGCUGGCAAACCCAAGAUCCACAGGUCCGACAGCAGGGGUACUACUCUGAGGCUGUGAAGAUCAAUGAAUCCCAAGGUCUGCAGAUAAGCCGGUACCUCAAGUCCCAAGAGCCAGAGGUCAGAUGAAUGGGAGGCAGGCGCAGGAUCCAAAGUGAACAAAAAAGCCAGAACGUCUGCAUAAAUUCAGAUGCAGGCCACAUGUCCAAGGAAAGUCUCAACUGAUUGGCUACUCACAGCAGAUUCAGUCAUGGGAGUGAUUACAUAUAAACACUGAGAAUCAUGGCCCAGCCAAGUUUGACACAAUCUUAACCAUCACAUUACCCUUACCAUUUCUGGUUGGUGCUUGAAAGCAUGUACACUCACUCCUCUCUUAAUGACAUGGUUCAUUUCCAAAGACCAGGUUGUUAUGCAAAAGUCAACAUUACGUGAAAAUGGAAGAUGACUAGAUCACAAAAUGGAGGAUGACUACAUCAUUAUAUAACUGCCAAAUUACAUCAUUACGUAACUGCCAAAUUACAUCAUUACAUAACUGCCAAGCCACUGAGAAUCAUGGCCCAGCCAAGAUAACACAUAACCGUCACAGCCAGUGUUACUCUCACCUCACGCCUCAGCAUUUACUGUCAGAUGCGUCAUUGCUGCACAAAAUAUUAGAUUUUUUACUAUUGUCCUAAGUGCAAAAUGUCAGAUAACGAGAUAGUCAAUAAGUGAGGAGUAGGUGUAUGUUGUCCCUAUAUACAGUGAAUCAGCACAGGUAUACUUAUUCCUCCAGCUGGCUAACUCUUAAUGGUUCUUUAAGAUUUAACACACACUCAAGACUUCUCAGAUCCAGGCUGUGUUAGAUGCCCCUUCUCUUUACUUAUCACAAUGCAUAUCAUAUUGUAUUGCAAUUGGUGGUAAAUUUAUCCAUGUCCUGCAUCAGAAUGUGAGUGUCUCAGGACAGGGAUCAUGUCAUCAUCCUUGUGUUCUCAUUGCUAUGCAGAGAGCCUGGUGCAUAUUAGGUUCUCAGUAAAAAAGCUUGUUGCAUUGACUUGAACAAAACUACUGAACAAACCGUACUGUUGUGAGCACAACUAAGCAAAACAUUAUUUAAAGGAGCUUUUUUUUUUUUUUCAGAUAGACCCAGCGAUUACUGACUGCCCCAAUCUUAGUUUGAUUUUGACAAACUUCAGAAUAAUAAAACCCUAGAAAAUUUGGAAACCAUCUACUUCCUUUUAUUCUUUCUAUGUUCUCUUUUUUCUCUUCUGUCUUCUAUUCUUUUCCAUCUAUUCUGCUUCUAGUCCUCCUUGCCUGGCCACCUCUCGCCCCCUUCCAGUGGUUGUAUCUGGAAUUUGUAUUUACAUGGAGCUUAGGGGCUUUUUUUUAGGGGCAGCAACCUGGUUGAAAGGGAAGUCCAGGUGACUUGUCUCAAAGCUGCAUUUGCAUCCCUAGAGAAAAGUCAACGGUCCAUCUCAAAGAACAGAUGGGAGGGCCUCCAAGCUCCUCUUAGUAGUGCCACCACAGCCCUUCUGUCUUUGAUUUCUCACCACUCCUAGCCCCUUACUGUUUUUUUUCUACUCCUUUCUUUUGCUUAGCUCCAGUACUGCUCUUGGAAAUAAGUCAAAUAAGUCUGGGCUUUCUACAAAUUUCCUCUGCUCUCCUGGUGGUGUAGUGGCUAAGAGCUACCCCUGCUAACCAAAAAGUUCAUCAGGCGAGACCGAUCCCUAGAAAAGGAUAUCAUGUUUUGUAAUGCAGAGGGUCAGCAAAAACAAGGGCAACCCUUAGUGAGAUGGAUUGACAUGAUAGCCUCAACAGUGGACUAUGCAUAUCAAAGAUCAUAGAAAUAGUGCAGGAGUGGGCAACAUUUCAUUCUGUUACACAUAAGGUUGCUGUGAGUUGGAGCCAACUCAACAGCAACUAACAACGACAACAGAAUUAUAUAUAUAUGUCGUAUAUAUAUAAUAUAUAUACGUAUACACACACAUAUAUCAUACACUUAAUUCAUUCCUUUUAACUUUUGGAGUGCCUUAUUGUAUGAACAGCCCACACAGUGUCAUCAUAUGCAUUUAUGUGGUUUUUAUUUUUCUCUGCCUUUCACUGACAUGGGCUAAUGAUUUCUCUGAGUUUUUUUUCUAUGAUGUAGUAAACAGCCUUUUCAGUGCCUUGCACGUGGGGGGAAUUUCUCUUUUUUUUUUAUAUACCCAGAUGUGGAAUUUCGGGGUCAAAAAAUAAAUACACUUUCCAUUUUACUAGAUACUGCCAAAAUGAUCUCCGUAGUGACUUGCACCAAUUCAUACUCUCAGUGGCAGUGUGUGAGACAUCGUAUUUUUCCUGUGUUCUUGCUAUUAUCUGAUAAUGUCAGAAUAUUUCAUUUUGGUCAACCUGAUGGGUGAAGAAUAGUAUUUCAUUGUAGCUUUAAUCUUCAUUUCUCUGAUUACUGGUGAAGUUGAGCAUCUUUUCAUAUAUUUGUUGGUCACUCACUAGAAAAAGAUCUGUGUUUGGGUUCCUCCUUAGGAACUGCAUAUUAUAUCUGUACUGGAUUGAAUAGUGCCCCCCCCCCCCAAAUUCAUGUCUACCCAUAACCUGUGAAUGUGACCUUAUUUGGAAACAGGGUCUUUGCAGAUGUAAUCGAGUUAAAAUGAGAUCAUUCUGUUUUAGGGUGGACCCCUAAAUAAAGUAUGACUUACAUCCUAACAAGAAGAGGGGAAUUUGGACACAGAAACACAGGCUCAGGGGAGAAGGCCAUAUGAAGAUGGGGCAGAGAUUGGAGUGAUGCAUCUACAAGCAUCUACACCAAGAAUUGCCAGAAACUACCAGAAGCUAGAAGAGUCAAGGAAGCAUUCUUGCCUAGAACCCUUGGAGGAACAUGGUCCUGCCAACGUCUUGAUUUCAGACAUCUAGCCUCCAGAACUGUGAGAGAAUACAUUUGUGUUGUGUUAAGCCACCAUAUCCUAAAGGUAGCAGCAGCUCAAACACAGCAUGCACACACACACACACACACACACUGUUAUCACAUAUGCAAUGUCUUUUCCUACUAGGAUAUCCCUAUUUGUUUAUUCUACUCUCAGGACCUUGACUUUGUGCUAACAAAUAAUCUUCCAUUGCUAAUUUCUUGGAGCAGCGACCUAAAACAAAGACUGAAACUUUAAAUUCUGAAGAACCCAAUAGUAAAAAGAGUCUGAGGUAGCCUUCAUUCUGAAAAAUUACCAGUCUGCUUUAGGUCACUAUGGAGGCUAUAGCCUCCAGCCCUACCUGAGACCCUUUUCUGCUGGAGCUCCACUGAGACUUUGCCUUCCUGCCAUAAUGUCACUGAACUUCAUUCCCUUGAACUUUUGGACUUUUACUGAACUCCAUCCAACUCCCCAGACUUUGCCCUAGUUACUAAUCUGACCAGACACUGUGUGUCAUAAAAGUUACAAAACCAGACUUACGAGUUGCUUUUAUGGCCAGAAACAGCUAAAGUCCAAAUCACUAUGGAGGAGGUGACUCCAAAAACCUCUUCAGCAAUUUGAUCACCAAAUUUUUAUUUGAAAACAAUUUUUUUUUGGUGCAUGUGUUUUCAGUAUUGAAAUGCAUGCUUUUGAAUUGAGUGUGUUUAAAUUUUUGAUUGGUAAGAUGGAUUUUGAGAAAUAUGAUCUGGUAUUUUUUUUUUUUAAUACAAGCCACCAAGAAGGCGAGUGGCACUCUGGCACCACCGGUCUGUGGUAUGACAAUAUACCAGUAAGAACUAAACAGAGAAUUUAUCGUGGGUGUUUUCCAUUAAGUUACAUGGGAACCUCCAGUUUUCCAAAUAUGAUAAAAAACAAGCCCAUCAGGGAUCCCUAACUAUCACACGGAAAAGCCAUAAUUAUGCUUGCAAGCCUUAUCUCACAGAAAUAAAGGGAGGAAAAAGGCACAAGUUUACGUAGCUAACACGUCCAGGAAGCAUCACCUAAUAGAAUGCUGAACCUACACAAAUGGAGGCUCCAACUCUGGUCUGCUGAGCUUCACGCGUUUCGAAAGGAACCCACCUUGAUGCCAAAUGCAUUAGAACUGGAAUAACAUACUAACUUCGAGGUCCAGGGGCAUAAAAAGUGGCCAGUAUACUGUUAAACCAACAGAAACUAAAGAAAGCAACCCUCCAGACACAACAGGAGAAACAAUGUGAACAUCAAAUUCAAUUCAAUUUGACAAGUGCUUAUUGACUAGUAUGUGCCAGGAAACCUAACAUGUAUAAAAUAAUACACAAACAAUAAACAAGACAAUAGUGACCAAGACAAACACAUUCUCUGCUUUCUUAGAAUCAACAAUCUCAUGGGAAGGUAGACCUCAAACAAAGAAUUCCAAGUGUGAUGUUGUUAAGUGCCAUCAAGUCGGUUCUGACUCAUAGUAACCCUGUGUACAACAUAACAAAACUAAGCCAUCCCCACAAUCGUUGUUGUAUUUGAAUUUGUUGUUGCAGCCACUGUGUCAAUCCAUCUCAUCAAAAAUCUUCCCCUCUUUUCCUGACCCUCUACUUUACCAAGCAUGACAUCCUUCUCCAGGGACCUGUCCCUCCUGAUAACAUGUCCGAAGUAUGUGAGACAAAAUCUUGGCAUUCUCGCUUCCAAGGCACACUGUGGCUGUAUUUCUUCCAAGAUAGACUUUUUCAUUCUUCUGCAGUCCAUGGUAUAUUCAAUAUUCUUCACCAACAUCAUACUUCAAAGGCAUCAGUUCUUCCUUAUUCACUGUCAAGCUUUCACAUGCAUAUGAAGCUUGGGUCAGGUGCACCUUAGUCCUCAAAGUGACAUUUUUGCCUUUUAACACUUUAAAGAGGUCUCUCGCAGCAGAUUUGCCCAGUGUAAUGUGGCGUUUGAUUUCUUGACUGCUGCUUCCAUGGGUGGAUCCAAGUUAAAUGAGAUCCUUGACAAUUUCAAUCUUUUUUCCAUUUAUCAUCAUGUUGUUUAUUGGGCCAGCUGUGAGGAUUUGUGUUUUCUGUAUGUUGAGGUGUAAUUCAUCCUGAAGCCUGUAGCCUUUGAUCUUCAUCAGUAAGUGCUUUAAGUCCUUUUUGCUUUCAGCAGCAAGGUUAUGUCAUAUGCAUAUCGCAGGUUGUUAAUGAGUCUUCCUCCAAUCCUGAUUCCCCAUUCUUCUUCAUAUAGUCCAGCUUCUCAGAUUAUUUGCUCAGCAUACAGAUUGAAUAAGUAUGGUGCAAAGAUACAAUCCUGACACACACCCCUCUUGGUUUUAAACCAUGCAGUAUCCCCUUGCUCUGUUCGAAUGACUGCCUCUUGUUCUAUGUACAUGUUACUCAUGAGCAUGGCGAAGUGUUCUGGAAUUCUCAUUCUUCACAAUAGUUACCCAUAAUUUGUCAUGAUUCACACACUCGAAUGCCUUUGCAUAGUCAAUAAAACACAGGGUAAGCAUCUUUCUGGUAUUCUCUGCAUU